GUCAGUUACCAAUACACUGAUUAAAUUAGAUUUUUUUCAUGAUUUAAUUUUGUUUUAUUUUUUAGUAUUAUCUACUUUCUAUUAAAAUGGUUAAGUUGGAUGCUAUACUUUUAAAAUACAUGUCGAGGGAAGACUUUAGAGUACUUACUGCAGUUGAAAUGGGAAUGAAGAAUCAUGAAAUUGUACCUUUGUCAUUAGUUUCACAAAUAGCCAGCUUGAAACAUGGUGGCUGUCAUAAAAUACUAAAAGAACUUGUCAAGAACAAACUGCUUUGUUAUGAAAAUGGUAGACAAGGUACUGGUUAUCGAUUAAGUUACCCAGGGUAUGAUUAUCUUGCUUUAAAAGCAUUAGCUACUCGAGAUGUUGUCUACUCAGUUGGAAACCAAAUAGGUGUUGGUAAAGAAUCAGAUAUUUAUAUUGUAGCAGAUGAAGAUGGGACACAAUACGCCAUGAAACUUCAUCGAUUAGGACGUACUUCAUUUCGUAAAAUUAAAGAAAAACGUGAUUACCAUAAGCAUCGCAACAGUGCUUCUUGGUUGUAUUUGUCGAGAAUUGCAGCCGCAAAAGAGUUUGCAUUUAUGAAGGCAUUGUAUGACAGAGGCUAUCCUGUACCUCGUCCAGUGGAUUUCAAUAGGCAUUGCAUUAUUAUGGAGUUAAUGGAUGCUUUUCCUUUAUAUCAAGUUAAUGAACUGGCAAAUCCUGGUGCUAUUUACAAUGACUGUAUGAACCUCAUAGUUCAGCUGGCUUCGUUUGGAUUGGUCCAUUGCGACUUCAAUGAGUUUAACUUAAUGUUGGAGACCGGAAAUAAAAUUAAAGUAAUUGAUUUUCCGCAAAUGGUUUCAACAUCACAUGUAAAUGCAGCAAUGUACUUUGCAAGAGAUGUUGACUGCAUUCGCAUUUUUUUUAAAAAACGUUAUGGUUAUGAAACAGAUACAUAUCCAACUUUUAGUGAAAUUGAACGUGAAGACAAUCUAGAUAUUACGCUUUCUGCAAGUGGAUACAUAAAAAAUAAAGAUUGUGAUGGAAAUGAUGAUUUCCAAGCUGAAUUUGAGCAGAUGGUAAGUAAUCAACGACAUCAAACAUUAGACGACCAAGAAAAUGAAGAUGAAGAAAGACAUAGUUCCUUUUCCGACAAUAGCAGCGAUGAUGAUAUAGUUGAUGAAAAAAAAGAACCCGCUGAUAAUAAUCAAAGUUGUGAAAGUGUAAUUUCUAAUAUCGAUGAUUGUGAAUCUGAAAGUUCUGAAUCUGAGUCCGAUGAAAAUCUAGAAAAUUACCACACGGAUAAUAGAAAUCAUCGACCUUAUAGAGAUGCAAAAAAACUGAAAGAGAUAUCUAAUACAACUUUAGUGAAGUUGAAGGUACAAACUCAAGAAGACAUUAAAGAAAAGGUAAAAAAAAUUGUUUUAAGUAAAACUCAAAAAGACAAUCAUCGUAGAAAAGUUAAAAAAGGUGAAUCGUCUGUAUCGACAAAACUUAAACAAGAAAAUCGUUUUGUCAUAAAAGAUAGUCUUGGUGAAUGACAUUUUAUUGGUUCUUAAAAUAUACUGUUUGAGACUUUGUUGUUCAUCUCUAAUCAACAAAUUCGUUAAAAAGAUAAUGAAUUCGUUAUUAAAUAAAAAAAACUUUGUAUUA